AUGCUCGGAUUGGGUCUCAAGAUCGCCGGAUUCGGCGUCGGGUACUGCUACCCGACGUACAGCGCGUUAAAGUUGCUCGACAGAAAAGUCAUCGGCCCGGAAGAUGUCACGCUCUGGUUGACGUACUUCAUGAUCGCGUUCACGCUCGCGAUCGGCGAGGCGAUCGGCGUCGUGGGAUGGAUUCCGGCGUACCGCAUCAUGAAGGUUUUAUUCUGCGCGUGGAUGGUGAAUCCGCGCUUCAAGGGUGCCAUCACGCUGUACAAGAAGGGCAUUCAGCCGAUUUUUCACCAGCUGUCGCCGUCCAUCGACAAGCACGCCGAAAACUUGAAGAAGGGUGAUUUUGCGGCGAUUCAACAAGAGUUGGGCCCGCAAUUCGCCAAGGUUCAAGAACUCGUGAAGAAGCACGGUCCGGAGGCGAUUGAGCGCGCGAUGAACUUGGCUGGCAAGGGUGACAAGAAGAACGCCGCGACGGCAGCCAACGGGACGAAGGCUGAAUAA